CCUGUUGCUUUGUCUGUCUGAUUCUCCUGGCCUUUCUCUUACAACAACUCCACCUCCAGCUACUGGAGCAGGCCUUCAUGUUGCUGUGGGCAGCCUUGCUCAUCCUUGAUGGCUGGCUUGCGGGCUCUCGGGGAAAGCUGGCUGGGAGCUCCAUGUCUGUGCUGAUGCUUACCUUUGGCCUUUCAGUUCCAGUCAGUGGACAAUUUGCUCUACCGAAACCUGUGAUUUCCCUUCAUCCUCCAUGGACCACAGUCUUCCUCGGAGAGACAGUGAACCUGACUUGCAAAGGAUUUCACUCCUACAAACCAGAGAAAACAAAAUGGUACCAUGCAAACUACAGGGGGGAAAAGGAAGAAAGAGAAAUCUCAGGCAAUACCCUGAAGGUCCAUGAACCUGGAAAGUUCAGAUGCCAGGUUCGGGGCUCACCUCCAAGUGACCCUGUGCACUUGUAUUUUUCUGAAGGUUUGUUAAUCUUGCAGGCUCCACAUUCUGUGUUUGAAGGAGACACAUUGUUUCUGAGAUGCCAAAAACAAGGGAAGAAGAAACUAUCUGCUGUCAAAUAUAUUUGGAAUGGAAACACACUCUAUAAAUCUAACAAAAGCUUGGAUCUUUCUAUUCCAAGAGCAAGCUUAAAUAACAGUGGCCAUUACCGAUGCAUUGGAUUUACGGACAAAAAUCAUGUGCUUGAAUCAAAUACCAAAAUUAUUAAAAUUCAAGAACUAUUUCCACGUCCAAAGCUGAAUGCCACAGCCUUUCAGCCUAUGGAGGGGUCUUCUGUCAACCUGACCUGUGAAACACAUCUUCAUCCAGAGCGACUAGACACUCCCCUUCAUUUCACCUUCUUCAGAGACAAAGGAGUCAUCCUGUCAGGCUGGAACAACUCCUCAGAGCUCCAGAUCCCAAUCAUCUGGAAAGAAGACUCGGGAUUAUAUGGUUGUGGCAUCGAAACCGUGACCCAUAGCGUCCGAAAACACAGUCUCCUGCUAGAGAUCAGCGUGCAGAGGAUCCCUGUGUCCCAAGUCUCCAUGGAGACCCAGCCCCCAGGAGGCCAGGCAGUUGAAGGGGAGACACUGGUCCUUGUCUGCUCCGUGGCGGAAGGCACAGGGUACACCACGUUCUCCUGGCACAGGGAGAACAUGAAGGAGAGUCUGGGGAGGAAAACUGAGCGUUCCCAGAGAGCAGAGCUGGAGAUCCCUGCCAUCAGGGAGAGCCAUGCCGGCGGCUACUACUGCACAGCUGACAACAGCUACGGCCCUGUCCACAGUGAGGUGGUGACCAUCACUGUGAGAGAGAUCCCAAGCAACAGAAGCAACCUCAUGGGUUUGGGAGCUGCUGGAGGCCUCUUCAGCAUUCUUCUCCUGCUGUUUUUCUGCUGGAGCUGGAGGAAAUCAGGAAAUAAUUUCCAGGAAGAAGAAACUAGGAGUCCUCCCAACCCUGCCUCUGGAGAGUCCCCUUGGUCCAUCUGCCCUGCCCAGGUCCAACUGCAACCCUUGUAUGUUAAUGUGCAAUACCAAGAGGGUGAGUUGGUGUAUUCUGAGAUCCAGACUAUUUGGCUAAGAGGAGAAGAAGAAGCCAGAGCCUCCAGGACUUCGCUAGAGCAAAAGAGGACCUCAAUUGUCUACUCUGAGGUGAAGAUAUAGCCCUCCACUAACCCAGCAGAAGAGGUCAGCAGCUCCAAGGAUGAAGACAUGGAAUGUUAUACAAACAUCUUCAGUUGAUUUGAACCUGAUCUAGAGACCCAGUGCAGUCAAGGCUCUAGAGUGACCAGCUAGUCAGUAUUUCUCCUCCCACCCAGGACACUCUGAUCAUCUAUCUGAAGUGUAAUGGGCUGUCCAUGGAAAUACUUUUCUAAAAGGACCAGGUCCAGUUAGGGGAAGAUUCUAUUACCUGCUCUGAGAUUGUAUUCCUGAGUCACUGAUUUAGGGAAGGGAAAUUGUGAAAGAGAAGGACUGAGUUCAAAAAACAGAGGCAUACAUUUCUAUGCUCUGGGACUUGCACAAAGAGAAAAGAUUGAGCACUCUGGAUUUGUGUUUAACACAUUUGUAAUUCUGCAGAGUCUUCUGCAUCCACUGGUUUGACUGUGAGGGGCUAUGCAGGUGUAUCACAGAAAAUAUAUAGCCUCUCUCCCCUGCCUGCAAUGUUCACACUAUCCACCUCAACUCGUUUAAAGACAAAAACUUUUUUAAAAGAUGUGUUUAAUUCAAAAAAAAAAGUCAGGAGAACUGGAGAAGUAAUCUCUAGGCUAAGCUACCCAAACAAGAACAUUAUUUUAAGGUCACUUGGGACAAAAUCUCUCUUUCUGGUUUUUGUUGCUGUUGUUAGUAUUGAGGUUUGAACUCAGG